CGCCCCUCCUCGCCCCGUCCCUGAAGGGUGCCGGCGCUUCUCCCCCUACCCGCCGGAAGUGUGAUGUGGCCGUGAGUGCGUCGCCAUGUCUGCCAUCUUCAACUUCCAGAGUCUUCUGACUGUAAUCUUGCUGCUCAUAUGUACCUGUGCCUAUAUCAGAUCCUUGGCUCCCAGCUUACUGGACAAGAAUAAAACUGGACUAUUGGGAAUAUUCUGGAAAUGCGCCAGGAUUGGUGAACGAAAGAGCCCCUACGUAGCUGUGUGCUGUGUGGUGAUGGCCUUCAGCAUUCUGUUUGUACAGUAGCAACUGGAGGUUGUCCCUUAUACCGUGCUACCAAACAGCAAAGCAUGGAAGAAAUUACAGCAGGAAAAAAUUCAGAAGCAUCAUCAGCUCUCCUCCCACAUGCUGGAUAGCCAGUCUCUUGGUGAUCAUAAUGUAACUAAAUCCAGAAUCAUACGUAGAUAAUAAUGUCACAUCAGUACUGAAACUGCUGAUGUAACUGUUAAAAAGAUGUCUGUUGUGUUUUUGAGUUCCACAAGAAUAUAUUUUGUAACAUGCAAUUGAAAAGGUUUUUAAUGUUUUUGUUUGAUAGGCCUGUUUAAUUAAAUUUAACAAUUAUAUAUCUGGCAAUAGAACCACUCUUGUAAGAAUGAAGAACAUUACAGAAUAUGUUUACUGAGUAUUUUCAGCUCUUAAUAUCUGAACAGUUCCUGUGAUAUUGCGAUAGGUAUGAUCACAUGUUUAAAAUAGAUCUCUUAAAUGUCUAAGUCACAUUCAGCUUUCAUUUUCUAAUCUUGUAGUUUCUUAAUCUAUCAAUAUUUCUGUUGUUAAGAUAAAAUAUAAAUAAGGAUGGGGAUCAUAAAUGUAGUGAAGUCUGACUUAUCUGCUGAGGAUACACAAAUGUAGGAUUUGAAAGCCAGGACUAUUCUGUGUGUGUGUAUGUGUACCUUUACAGAUCAAGCUCACAAGUGAAUCAUUCCCUGAUAUUUUUUCUUUUCAAAAAGAUUCUAGUGGCUCUACUACUGUUCCUAAGGCAUUUAAUACAAGGCUGUUAAGUCAGCUGAGGGAAUAGUUAGCUUCUCAGUAGUCCAGAGAUAGGAAAGUUGUAUGUCCUAAUUUUCUAAAGGUUUAAGAGAAAAGAAAAAAAAAAAAAAAAAAAAAAGAAAAAAAAAUUUACACU